UCAGUGAAACAGAUUUCAACAGAAACACAGACAGCAGUGAAAACAUCACUGUCAUUAUACUCUAUUAAAUAUAUUUUUUUUUUUAUUAAAUAAACACUUCGCUGUCCUCAUUAAACUACUGAAGAUUCGUCGCAGAUCAACGUGUUUGGUGUAGUGUCUUUGAGUUAAGCGACUCACUAAUAUUUGCAAUGGAGGAGCUUCAUAUCCAUUGCCUGAAAUGUGUCAACCGCCGAUGUAUGAUAAGACCAGAGCCUAGCAUUUCCUGUGACCUCAUGGGUUGCCCUCUUGUAUGUGGGGCGGUUUUCCACUCAUGCAAACUGAAUGAGCACCGCUUGCUGUGUCCGUACGAAAGAGUCCCAUGUCUGAACCAUGGAUUCGGAUGUCCAUUCACCCUAGCCAGGGUCAAAAUAGCACAGCACCUUGAAACGUGCCCAGCCAGCGUUGUGUGUUGCACUAUGGAAUGGAAUCGAUGGCCAGUGAGUUAUGCAGAUCGUAAGUCCUACGAUAACUUGAGUAAGGAGGUUUGUGACGUGGAGCAGCUCGACAUGGCUUUGGCCCUCCAGGAUCAGCGAAUGUUGCUGGAGUCGCUUAAAGUAGCGACCACUGUGACAAAAGCUCUGGAGGAGCAAAAUCAGGACAAUUCCAGCCCUCAGGAUUCAGACCCGGAAAAUGAAUUAAUUGAAACAGAUGAGGAACCGUAUGGUGGACCUUACACAAUUUCAGUGGAAAACAGUAGAAGCUUUGCUGCCACUUUGGACGUUCUCCGUAGUGCAAAAAAUAUUGACUUGAUUGUGGAGAAUCCUGAUGGUGAGGAACAGAAUGGAGGUUGCAACAGUGUUAGGAAUGGCGAUGGGGACUUUAGCAAUGACACAAAGGAAAGUGACACUGAUUCGGAUUCAGAUCUGGGAGCGGUAGGUGGUGCUGACUGUCCUUUUCCAGUAGACCCUGAAGAUGAAAGAGAUGAUUGGCUGGAGAACAGUGGAUGCGGUGAAUCUUCUGAAGAAGAAGGUGAAAUGAAUGAUGGGAUAGAACUCAGUGGACUUCAUAAUGAAGGGAACACUGACAGCCAGGUUAGACUUGAAAGGGUCAAUGCCUCUUCAAACGUAAGGCAGGUUUUACUUGAUCAUUCCAUACCUGUUCUAGCACGGGAGCCUGAAAUGGCCCACUUGCCCCAACUACCUCUUCCUUUGCCCAUCCCUGUGCCUAACCUGAUGCACAACAAUGUUCUGCACCAUUUGCCUUAUAGAAUUGAGAACCGAUGGCUGGAGCGCAAGUUGGAGAAUCUCCAGGUACUCAGGGGAAUGAACUUGUUUACUAUCAAUGGGCGAAGGACUCUGUUUUCCGACCCCUAUUUAUUCAAAGCCAAGAUGGAGGACAAGGCGGUGGACACGUCGGACCUUGAGGUGGCAGAUGAUCCGAUGGGUCUUCAUGGCAUUGACCUCAUCACCGCUGCUUUGCUCUUUUGUUUGGGAGACUCACCUGGAGGUAGGGGCAUCUCAGACAGUCGCUUUGUAGAUGGGUAUCGAAUUGACAUUUUUCACAGUCUAAUCUUGCUGAUGUUUUUCAUUUUAGGUGUGGCGGUUCAGUACAGCGUUUGA